UCCAGUGGCCACAUUUGUCUCCACAAUAUACGACAUCACAGGGCAAACAUAUGGGCUGAAGGAGGAGGGGACUAUUCCCGGAAAUCUUCGGCUUCUAUGUCAAUGGAGUCAGAUUUUUGGUGUGACCGUUGUUAUCUGUUGUUCCAGCAUUUAUGUCAGUGUUACUUGAAACUUCUGUCAGUGACCUCGUCAUUGAUUCAGAAGUGGAAACAUGUCCAAAAACAUGUGAGAAUUUUCUCAAACUUUGUAAAGUACACUAUUACACCCUCGGUACCUUUUCCCAUAUUUCCAAGGGAUUUUUUGCGCAAGCAGGCGAUCCCAGUGCAACGGGUACCGGGAGAGAAUCAAUAUGGUCUCUCAUCGCGUCACAAUCCCUUUCCAAUGCGUCUGCACCUCGAUGUUUCUCCCCGGAACUCCAUCCGGGGCUCAAGCAUACGCACAAAGGGACUGUAUCUAUAGCAGUCGGUUCAGGAGCCCAAGGAAUGCGAAGGGGCUGCGCGAGCCAGUUCUUCGUCACGCUUUCCGAUAACAUCGACUUCUUGAAUGGCGAACAUGCUGUUUUCGGGCAUGUUGUUGAAGGACCGGAUACCCUGGAUAGGCUGAAUGAUAUCUCCGUUGGUCCGAAUGGGCGACCGUUAGAAGAUGUGCAGAUUCGACGUGUCGUUAUGACGAUCCGUUUCCUGAUCCUCGGGGAUUGGUCCUGCCAUCUUCACCUCCCACACAAUCACUAUCUACUCGCUCUCAGGUUAUGGAUGUCCCUCGAAACAGCAAGUGUCCUCUUUGCUUUUGUUGUCGGCCAUCACCUGCUCAUUUACGGCACGUUGGUUUAGAGAAAAGCGAAUGGCCUAGCGGACUUCGCCAUGGCCUGCGGACCUCUAAGCUUCGUCAAGCGAACCUAA